CACACGAUGUUGCCUUCAGGGGGUAUAUAUACGACAGCGCUGCGGGGCUUGAUAAACACUUGCCCAUCAGCGAUUACUGUUGCACCAUGUUCACGUUACUGGUAGCCGUGAUCGCCUUGGCAAGCUGCGUGUCAGCCGCGCCCGCCGACGACGUGAUCCCCAUCGUUAGCCAAAGCCAAGAAGGACCCAACCCAGAUGGUUCCUACAAAUGGAAUUACGAAGCCGGAAACGGUAUCAAAGCCCAAGAAGAAGGUCACGUGGAGAACGCAGGCCAAGAAAACGAAGCGAUGAACGCACAGGGUGCCUUCAGUUACCCAAGUGACGAUGGUCAACAAAUUUCUUUGACUUACGUCGCGAAUGCUGAUGGUUUCCAACCUCAGGGUGCCCAUCUACCAACCACGCCCGAAAUUCCUCCGCUUAUUCAAAAAGCACUGGAAUGGAUAGCAGCGAAUCCUAGUAAAGAUGAUCAAAAUCAGGUUUAAAGGCUAGGGCGUUCAUCGUCAGUGAUCUCAGCGAGCCUUUUUGAAAGAAAAUGAUGAGUCGUCGUCUCUCCAUUAAAUGUGUACUACUCUGGUUCAAUCUGUUGUAAAUAUUUAUUAUACUGUAUACUCUCAAGGACACUACCAGCAAUAAGUGUGGAACCAGAAAAUUAUUUACUUCUUAACUCUAGGUCAAUUUCCCUAAGGUUAAGGGACUUUUUAUUACAAAAUUUACAAAAAUUUGUAAUUUAUUUUAAAUUCAUAAUUAAAAAUUGCAAAAAUAAUAAGAUUAAAUAAGUUAUAAUUAUAAAUUUUUAAUUUGAUCCUUUAUAAACCAUGGAAUUUUUUAAAUAUAAUUUAUAUGUAUCUAUUAAAAUCAUUUUACGUGCUGGUUCUAUACUUUUGGCUGAUAGUGUAUAUAUGUAUACGUAUACGUUUGUAUCUAUAUAUGGUAUUAUAUAUAAAUAUGUAUUUUAUACAAUGUAAGUAAUGGUUACCGUGUAUAUGUUACGGUGAAUACGAAAUACAUGUUGCAAUCCAGGAGA